UUCAUUCAUUAGUGCGAGAGUUUGACCGUUUUAGAUGAUUGGAUGAAGAGCGGUGCAUUUGGCGUGAAGUGAAGAUGGAGACACAGGGAGCACAGACACACCAUUUCAGAAACUCAACAGAAUCGGAAAACAAUUACAGUAACAAUAAUCAUCACAACAAUGUUAACUAUAAUCGUAACUUGAUGGUGAAGACUGAGUUGUGCAGGAGAUUCAGGAGAGGCGUGUGCGGUCACGGAAGCAAAUGCGAUUUCGCGCACAGCGUUGCAGAGCUCCGACGCCAACCCAAACUAUGCAGAUUGUUCCUUCAAAACAAACACUGUCCCUACGGACGCACCUGUCGCUACCUGCAUUCAGCCACACCAACGCCGCCACCGCUACCACCACAACCAUCAACUUUUCAAAUUCCAAAUCUAAAAUCUCAGUCAGAAGUAGGACAAUUUGAUCGCUCCUCUUCUGCAGAAUACAAGAGAAUGAGAACUUCUGCAGCUGCUCUAAGUGAUAGGUACCCUUCUUAUGCAGAAAGUAGGACAAUGCAAACUGAUGAUACUGAUAUUGCUACUGCAGAUGCCUCAACUAGCACUGGGGUAGCUAGCCCUUCCCAUAAGAAUCAACCAUAUGCUGUGAAGUUCGUAUUCAAGAAAAACGAACUAAAAAAGAUCAAUCGCAUUUAUGCUGAUUGGAUUUCAGAUUUACCCCGCUGAGAAACUGGCUGGACAAGUAGAUCACUAUAUAAAAAACUAAGCAAUUUUUAUCAAUGGGUUAAAACUAAGGAACCAGUCCCAUCGAGUCUGAUUUUGAGGAAUAUUGUUGGGUUUAAAUUUUUUGCCUCUUUUUUUUUUGCAGAGUAUUGCAUCAGGUAUUAGAAUAUAUAGAACUUUUGAACCUACCAAAUUUAUGAUACUGUUGUAGAACAUUUAUGUCGAUGGCCCUUGUUUACCUUGGAGUAACGAAAAAAAUAUUAGCCAAAAAAAUAGGAGAAGAUUUCAAAGAAAUUGAAAUCGUAAGCAGUGCAUAUUCAUUUUUGCACUGUUGGACCAUUACCCAGCUUAUAAAAUAUUCAAAAGACGUUGAUACAGUGUGUUC